AUGAAUAAUCAGGGCCGUUUGGGAGAUGUCUCGCGUGCUCAGCAGCACGUUUCGAUUUUUCCUCGCUCGGGUGGCACAAUGGGCCCACCGUCAUCUGUUCCCGCACGCCCGAUUGUUGCAGCUCCGAGUGCCUGGGAUCGUUCUCGCAACUCUGAUAUUGUGUCUCAAAAAGGCUCGAGGAGUCAGAAUCAGUGGUCUGACAAGGGAUACUCGAAGAAUCACGCACAGUACCAAGCGUCUCGUGGCUCAUGGGCACGCUCAAGUUAUGUGGGGCAUUCUCCAAAGAUGUUGCCCAUCCUGGUUGGUAUUCGAUACGAGAUUCUCAACAAACCAAGAGGCGAAAGCUAUGGAGUGAGUUCCGACAGGUCUACAGUCCGAUAUUACAAUCUCACUUUACCGCAGACCAUCAGCAAAGGCAGCGAAGUUCCCGGCGACGCAAGCGCCGAGUUCAUCUUCAACCACGUGUUUGAGGUCCUGUAUGACCGUCUCGUCGCAGAUGCCAAUUUCCAGUUCCGUGAGAACGAGCUCACUGUCCGGGACGUGACAACUUGGCAAGAUUUCAAGGCUCUCCAGUCUGACCACGUGUUCUACUGGGACAAGUACUACAAGAUCUCGGGCAAGGCAACAAAACCAGAAUGGAAGGCUCCCAGGGCAUCUGUUCAGAUUGCUCUAGUGAUUUCGGGCAGGGAGUGGCAACGACGCACGGAGAUGUUAGCAGCGUCUGAACCUGAUGCUGACUCAAAUGAAAAUUCUGUCAGUGCCACAGCGAGCGCCGUCCAGACUCGGGUCACUCGGCACUCACGGUACGGAAUCUCAUGUUCCAAUCAACUCACCUUGGCUGAAUUUGUCUGCCUAGAUGUCCCAACUUGCGAGCAGAUUCUAUUUUUCCACAUUUAUCCCAAAGCCAUGGACGCACUGUUCACUCAGGACGAGGCGGCGAUGCAGUUUGUGUGCGAUCCGGCUGUGGCUGAGCCAGGCACACUCAGUGUUGUCCUGUCUGCUGCUUUAGGGUCUGGUAGUUUCAAGGACCCUCACCCUUGUUUGACCAUCAACGUCUCCCACUGGGCUCGGAUCAACUUCGGAAUCAGACGGUUCAGUCCGGCAGUCAAACUUGAGCAGAGCAUUUGCGAAGGGAAUCUGCUGCUUUGGGCAACCUCACUGUUCGACCUCACAGAUACUUUUGUCCGUCAUCAGCUCAGUAAGCUCGGGGAGCCGCCCUCCAAUCUUGUCAUCCCGGACAUUCGAUUUGUUGAGGGCGGCGUUGCACAAGUCCACGACACUGUCACUGGUACCAAUGUUGUCCGGGCAUCAUCCCUGCGCCGUUCUUUCAUCAUUGAAGAACUGAUUCCCUCUCGCUUUGUCAAAUUUGUCCAUAAUCGCGCUGCUGUUCCUCAUUUAGAUCCUGAUCACCCGUCGUAUCACAUUGCGCUCUAUCUCUGUUUCACGCAGCACGUUCAGUACGUGUACACUGGACGGAGCAUGUUCUUGUCGGACUAUCAAGGCUCUGAAUCCCUUCUCACGGACCCUCAGAUCAUGACCACUCCCGAGAUUGCCAAACAGCGUGGAACUCCAAUGUUUGGCGGUGGCAACGUCAGUGAGCUCUUCAACGUGUUUUGUAACCAACACGUGUGCUCUGAUUAUUGCCGGUUCUUUGGUCUCAAACCCCUUGCUCAAGUCCCUGUUUAA